AUGCGUGGCGAAUUGCACUUUUACUUGCGACGCCGCGAUGCGGCAAAAUCUGGUCGUGCACGGCAACUUCGAGCGAAAUCAUUGUGCGUGAACGAUUACUGCAGUGAGAAUCAGCAGCUCGAAACGAUAAAAGUGUCACCGGAAAAGGUGGUUUGGGAUGCGACCAAGCCACUUGCUGAGGCGAAUGCGUUGGAUACCACCCAGCUGGUUGUUAGGAUCUCUCGCCGCGACAUCAGAAUGCGGCGCUACGUGGAGCUGGUGAAGAAGUGCUCGCCAUUUCUACUAGUCUACUCCAAAGCCGAUAACACCAUCAACACCGAAAAGGGCACAAGGCGUAAGAGGCGAGAACUAGGUUACUUCUCCUACAAUGCAGUGGAGUCGACUUCUGAAGCAGCACAUACAAGUACAGAACGAUUUGUCAAUGGCGUUAAGGCGAUUGUUAGACACUCCAAGAGAAAGGGCCCAAUGCCGAGGAGAAAGAAGGUACGAGGGAGUCGUACUAAAUCACCUGAAGACGACAUAUGGCAUGGAUUUGGUGACGAUCCACCUACUGAUGAAGAGAAGAAGGAGAAAAACGACGAAAAGUCAAAUGACGUGCGCGUUGUUUCUGCUUGGAGCCGAAGAUGUGUCAGAAACGUGGUCCUGUUGGUCGAUCUGAAGCAGCUUGGAUGGGGUCGAUGGGUGAUUGCUCCAGCGGAAUUCGAAGCCGGAUUCUGCUCUGGAAUAUGCCCAAAUCCGCUUCCAAAGGUGAAAGAUCAAAUUCAUAACAAUUUAAGAAUAUCUUUGAAGUGGAUUACUAGAAUUUCCAAUAUUCAGUACGUUCCCACCGAACUUCACAUUUAA